UCAGCAAAGCUCAUGCUUUCAUCAUUUUGAAGAUUCUUCAAGCCUCUGAGAAUUCAUUCUGCUUCCAAGGAGCAGGGGAGAGUGAGAGAGAACUAGCAGCUACUUCUCUUGCAGACAUGGCUUAUUGGAACCCCUUCCUUCUCUUCAGCUUGAUGGCCCCUUGGAUCAUGCUCUGUCCAUCUCAUGCCUUUCCAACUGGUGCUCCUGCAUCAGCCUGUGAGAAUAUGUUACCUAUUCACACAGGGACCCAGCCUCAACAGACUCCAGCACCCUAUGAAUUCCUAGUUAGUACACCCUAUUUCCUAAACGGGCAGCCUGUUAAUGUUCAGAUCCUUGGUUCUGCAUACAGAGGGUUAUUGUUGGAAGCUCGUGCAUUUGGUUCCACAGCUGCACUAGGUUUUUGGCAAACUCCUCCCAAUAAUACUAAAUUAUUACAGUGUUCUGGAAAUCCACAAGGUGCAGUGACUCAUUCUAAUACCAAUUUAAAAACAGGACAAGACAGUUACACAUGGCUUCCACCCAACUCUGGCUGCCCUUCAGUAGUUAUAUUUGUGGCUACAGUCGCCCAGUCUCAUGACAUCUACUGGACCAACGUCAAAUCCAAAGUGAUCUGGAGAAAUUCCAAAGCUACCUGUGGAGUGGAAUCAUUUACAAGGUCACUAUCUGCUAAUGCAGCAAUCUUCUCUCUGCUCCCGAUUUUACUGGGAUACAUUUAGAAACCAGCCUACAGCAAUUUACUCGCAUUCUUUAGUAAUCUAAACACAUUGUUUUGUGUGGGAUAUGCAUUAAAUAAUAAAAAGCUCUGCUCACUGCAGUGAAGACUUUCCUAAACUUGUGCUUGCUGUUUCAAUUGGCAUUUUGUGUACAGCUUUUCUGCUCCUUCUAAUAUAAUCUUUAAGACACUGGGGAUGGGAUAGAUUAAAAAAAUAAAAGUGUUUACACUCCCAAGUGCAUGUUUAAUGAAAACUGGGCAACAUCCAGUGAUGUUCAUCCACUUGUACAUAGGAAAUUCCCUUUUGCAACAGGACUUCUGGUUCCUCUUUCCCCCCUACAGCUCCUCAUAUCCCCACAAUAUCUGUUCCAAAGCAUCCCUCAGCUCUCCAGAACAGAUUUUGGGGCUACAGAUGGAGUUGCAGAGAGAACAAAGCAGUCCUGUUGUACAAGCAGACUUCAUUCCCAUGACACUGGAUGUCUCCAAAAGAGCCUUAACUCACCUAAAGGGUGAAACCUUUAAAGCCCUAAACGGCCUCGGUCCUGUAUACCUGAAGGAGUGUCUCCA